AAUAGCCCCACCACCAGGCCAACCCCUCCACCGCGCGCCUGCAAACUUCACUCCACCAACACUAUACACACACACACACACAUACACACACACUUUCGCACAAUGGGAAAGCCUCCGAAUCUAUACGCCUUUCAGAGUGCCGCCGAGCUUGCCCCAAGCCUGCGUGCUUACGUGCUCGAUGCCCAAAAUGCCGCCCUCGACCGUCAUCAUGUCUUCCGUGUCGCAGUCUCCGGCGGCUCUCUGCCCAAGACGCUUGCGCGAGCGCUUCUGAAGGAGACCAAUGGCGAAGGCAAGAUCCAAUUCGAUAAAUGGGAAAUUUUCUAUGCCGACGAGCGCGCCGUGCCACUCGACCAUGAAGACAGCAACCACCGAUUGGUCAAGGAGGAGCUUCUGGAUAAGAUACCGCAAGAAUUAGGGACACCCAAGGUCUAUCCAAUCGACGUCAAAUAUCUCGACGAUGUACAAGAACUUGCCGACCAGUACGAAAAGACGCUUGUCAGCGUUUUUGCUGCCCGCGACAGCGUAAAGCUACCAUUGUUCGACCUGCUUCUACUGGGCUGCGGACCCGAUGGACACACCUGCAGCUUGUUUCCAGGCUCUGACCUUCUGCGCGAAACCGAAGCAUGGGUUCUCCCCAUUUCCGAUUCUCCGAAGCCUCCGCCAAAACGUAUCACCAUCUCGCUCCCCGUUGCGCAACACGGAUUGAAGAUUGCCUUUGUGGCAACUGGCGGAGGAAAGAAGGAUAUUAUGCGCCAGAUAUUUGAUACCGAUGAGGGACAGCAGUUGCCGUGCGGUCUGGUGAACCACAAGGGCGGAGAGCGGGUAAGUUGGUUCGUUGACUACCCUGCUAUCGAGGGCGUGUCUUUUCCAGCUCGUCGCGGCAGCUUGUGAGCAUGAGGUUUGCAAAGUAUCCUUUCUCACUCUGUGCUACGUCGCUUGCAGCGGCAAAGGCGGGACCUCUUUGCAAUUGCAUGUGCGUGACCCCCACUCGGAGUUGCAUGCGGUUGUGCUUUCACGACAGGAAAUCCAUCAUGUAGCUGGACGACCGCAUCACCAAGUAAGCAUUGUGUCAGGCAGUCAGCUUAGGUACAAUAGACUACGAACCAUCUACGACAUUUUUCACU